UGUAGCUUGGAAGCACAAGCAAAGCGAUUUGAUUUUUUUUAAUCGUUUUUACUCUCUUUUUUACCUUUUUAAAGCAAWUCUCAAAGCUUUAAAAUGUCUCUUUAUUCAUGCACAUACUGCCAYAGUCGACAUCCAUUUGAGGAACUCUCGAAAGGUGAUCAAAUGUGCAAGAAAUGCCGGAAGGAACAUCCCCUAGUUACGUGUACUUACUGUCGUAUGGAGUUCCACUUAGUUGGUGGUAACGAACAAGGAAAACCUGUGUGUAAAAAGUGUAAUGGUCACGUCUUGAAAUAUGGACAACCAGCAUGCUGUGUUCAUUGUAAUAUCAGGGCUGCUUUUAAUGGGAGUAAAUGYUCCAGAUGUGAAAGUUCGGAACGGAAAUAUGGUCCUCCWAUACAGUGUGAGCAGUGCAAGCUCAAGUGUGCWUUCAAAAAAUCUGACGAAUCUAAAGAUAAGGUUGAUGGUAAGAUACUGUGCCUAUUGUGCACUCUAGCUUACAAGCGACUAGUACAUAGAUCAAAGGGUGUUAAGGAAUUACUAAGAGGUCAAUCACACAGUCACAAGAAAGGAACCAAGAGAGAAGGGCAUCAUCACCAUCGCCAUCAUCACAAACAUGAGAAGAAAGCCAAGACAGAUCUGGUUGAGUCAAGCGGUGCGAGGGAUAGUCCUGGUCUUGGUCUUAAAAAUACAAACUCUGUCAACAGUGAUGCAGGUACAGAGCAUAACUUAUCGGAACAUAUGGCAGAGCUGACUGAUGUCAAAGAAAUGGUUGUCAAACUGAAGAAACAACUUCAGCAAAAAGACCAAGCUUUGAUUGAAAAAGAGAAAAAAAUAACUGAAAUAAAAGCUGAAAAUUGGGAGAAAGAAAAAGAAUUUAAGAAGAAGCUUAGCUCUUUGCAAAAAGAACUGAAUGAUCGACUUGAAAUCCUACAGACUGAAAACAGAAACCUUAAAAAACARCUAAGUCAACARCAAGUACAGCAAGUGAARAAAGAAAAGACAGCAACAAGCUGACAAGAUUUGCAGUKGUUUUCAGUCAGUUUAUGUGAUAUAAAUGUAAAUUGUACAUUGUAGUUAACUAUUAUUUAGUAUCCAUACAUGUAAUUGAAAAACACUUCCAAGUUCUCUGACUCAUCUUGAAUUUCACUUGUGAAUCUUAUGGUCUAUGUAAGGCCAUAAUGUGUGUCAGAGGAGUAGAAUAAGACACAGCUUYGCCUUUCAAGGUGCCAGAAAGAACUGUGAACUGCUAUGAUAUUACAGCUUGUUAAUAACUGCUAGGGAAUUUGCUGGGUUUUCUGACAAUAACAUUUUUAUAUCUUAGUUUGUUAAAUUUCCAAAUAGAUUUUCUCAUUGAUCAUUUUUU